GGCUGAAAACCUACCUGAUCUCAGGAAGGAAGUUGGACCAUGACAUGCCGUGUGGCUGUGUUCAGGGGGGACUGUCGGGUGGAGAUUUUGUUAGCGUCGGCCUGUCUACCUGUCCUCAGCCCCGCACACCGGACCUCAUCCCUGGGGGAGCACAGGCUGCUGAGCCCCUGCUGUCCCACCAACCUCCAGACAGGAUUGGGCCUCCUUGUGUGUCCCGUAGUGUGGUCUUGUCUUCGGGUGCAGAGCAGGGUGACGAUGUGGCUGUGCUGAACGGCUGCCAGGAGGAGCACAAGACCAGCAGUGCCAAAUUCAUCCCAGGUCACAGCCCCAGAGCAGCCAACGGUCUCCUGAGUCCCCCGCUGGAGGAUCCAGUGCGAGCCAGCCAGAGCUCCCUGUGCGACAUGCUCCAGGAGAAAGAGAAGAAGACCAGCACCAGCACGGGUACUGGCACCAGUCUAGGCAUGGCCGGUGGCACAGGGGCAACAGGCACGGGGAUGGACCACUCCGCCCUCAUCCAGCUACGUGCCAAGAACUUCAGAGAGAAGAGUGACGUCCAUUUUGUGGAUGUUAUCAGGGAGGACAGUCUGAUGAAGGACUACUUUUUCAAACCACCCAUCAACAAGAUCAGCCUCAAUUUCCUAGAGAGACCUCUGGAGAAGGCCUACCGCACCAGCUACAAGGAGGAGGUAAAGAACCAGGUGCAGGUGCAGACAUUUGCGAGCUCCACCUUCAGCUCCUUCCUGGAUGUUCUCCUCAGCUGUUUUGUCUUCCUGGCUCUGACACUGGCCUGUUUCCUUCCACCUCUGGUGAGCCCGGCCACUGUGGGCCAUCCGGCUCCCGCUGCCCUGGCCCUGGCUCCCCUGGCUGGCCUGUUGGAGCUGGCCUCCCUGGUGCUGUCCAUACG